GUCAUCGAUUCCCAAAACGAUCAAUACAUAGCGCAUCUCAUGGAUUAUAUUCACAUAUGUCUCGAGAGUGUGCAAAGGUUGUCCGUGGGCAAAACGAAGCAUCUGAUGUUGAAAGCUCUGGCAGAUACUCUGGGCGGUUAUUUGCGAGUUUACAUCCUGCCUAUCACAAGGCGCUCGUAUUACGCAGGGAAUAUCAAGUAUCGCAACGCGAAGAUGCUGUUUGAACUCUUCGAUGAGUUGAAGAUCUUCCUUCGAACAAAUGGAGCCGGCUGGUCGAAGCCUAGUCAGAAAAUUGAAAAUGUCAGGAUUCCUCCCAUCAUAAUUACACCACCGAAAACAUCGAUUGCCUGUAAUGGACUUAUUAUGUAUUCGGCACCUGUCGUCAACGAUUAUCAAAGCUUCACGUUCAGAAAAAAGAAACGGUCUAUGGUGAAGCGAGGGCAUUCUAGACGUGCACUUGAUGACUAUAAUAACGAAGCUGCGACGAGCGAAAUUAUCAUACCACUUCCAUUCCUCGAUAACGAAAUAGAUCCCAAUAGCAUCGCACUGCCCUUUAAAACUGACAGCUUGCAAUCAUUGUAUUCGGAAAAGUCGGCUUUCGCUCUCGUAAAGUACUAUAUCGCUAGCGUGAAGUGCAUUAUAUCCCGAUCAAAUACGAGAACGCAGUUGCAAAGAUUCAACAAAGACUUCCACACCUGGCUGCAACAAUCCGUGCGUCGACACCUGGACGAUGAAAAGUGGUAUCCAGCAUUUGGGGGUGUUUUCAGAGUAAUGGCCACCUUGCGAGAAUCGGGAGAUGGUAUUAUGAGGAGCAGAACAAGCGGGACUUACCAAGUUAUGCCCAAAGUAGGUGCGAAUCAGGCAGACGAGAGCAUAUUUUACAAAGGAAAGGAACAAAGCAAUGACAAACUAAUGACACUUGGCACUACGGAAAUCGUGAUUACAGCGGUAGUAGUUGCAUUACUAGUAUGGUUACUGGUGGGUUUAUGCUUGGUGUGCUAUAGAUUCCUCACCAAACAAUCCCAGGAAUGCCCACCUUGCGAUUCGAAAACUACUCCAUUUGCAGUUCUAUAUGAGAAUACGGAUUAUUGCCAGCCGGAUACAUGCUCCUCGAAAUCAUUGCGGAAGGGUGUGCUUGAAAAAUUGAAAGAAUGGUGGAGAAAUAGAUUUGGACGAUGCCCAGGGGGAUGUCAAGAACAUGUGGAUGAGGAGCGUUGCUUAGCCGCAAUCAGUUACAACAACAGCAAAGACAGUCUCAAUAACAGCAGCAGAAUUUAUCCGCGAAAGAAAUACACUAAAUCAACUUCGGCUUCACCAUCGGGAACAUCCAGAAGUCGUACACCUUACAAACAUAGUGUUUGCUAUAGUUCUGAAGGCUCGACCACCUAUUCCGAUAGUCCAGCCAAGUCAAGAUAG